UCUUGUGUUACAAACACUCCACUUGUCGUUCAGUAGCGGGGCAGGACUCAGUGAAGAUGUUGUACUGCAAUGUGUACAGCACAUAAGUCUGACUGCGUAGGAAAUGUACGCCUUUCCUAAGUCUGAAUUGGGCCCAUAGUGAGUAGUGGCUACAUAAGCAAUAGAGGAUUUCUUUUUCAUCAUUGAUAUUUUGGUAGUGAACACUGAGUUUACUGUAGCAAAACCUUAUGCCAGAUUACCAUAUAAUUUAGGUCCACAUAUGUGGAUUUUUCUGAGAAUUUCUACCUCAUCUCCAGUAGACUACUUGGAUAUUUAAAGAUACCACCACCUCACUUGCAUCUGGCUCUGCUUGUUCCUCAUGCAUACUAGGAGGUUUGGAAUUCCAUCCUCUUUGAAGUGCAACAUGAACUUGUUGACUUGGCUGGCUGAGAGGGAGGUGAGUAAUGUCUACAUCCUCCCUAAUCCUAAUGAGAGAUGGCUGUAAUGAGAUCUACAGGACAGAUAUCCUCCCUGUUACCCUGACACCAGGUCACUACUCUCCCUCCAUACCUCAGCCACCGCACUCAACCUGGACUCAGGGGUAGAUGUAGUAUAGUAAAUGUAAACCGGGACACUCCAAUUAGUGUAAUAUGUUACGUUUCGUUAAAUGUAAACCGGGACACUCCAAUUAGUGUAAUAUGUUACGUUUCGUAUGGUAUGUAUUAAUUUGUGGAUGUUCAUCAUCCAUUUUGUAUAUGUUACGAUUUACAGUUUGUAUGAUGUUACGAAUUGCAAUUCGUACAAUAUGAUAAUUUGCAAAAUGUAUAUGUUACAAAUGACAAUUUAUGGCUAAUGUUAGCUAGGUGGCUAAUGCUAACAUUAGCUAGGUGGCUAACGUUAGCUAGACUAUGGGGUAAGGUUAAGAGUUAGGUUAAAGGGUUAGAGGAAGGGUUAGUUAACAUGCUAUGUAGUAGGAACAAAAUCAAAGUAAGUAGUUGAAAAGUUGCUAAUUAGAUACAAUUGUCAUUGAUGACCUUUUUGUUCGUGUUAUAAUCCCAUCCACCCUGACCAACCACCCUACUUUCAUUUUUGCCCUUAAGUAACCUUCUGUUUUAUGUAACUAUACCAAACGUAACAAAUCAUACUAAUUUGAGUGUCCAGAAUUUACAUGUACUAUGUUACUUCUAGUCUAUGGGACCAGGCUGUCACACUACACCGUUCAACAAUAGACAUGGAUGAUUCAUCUCCUUACUGAUCACACAACGUUAUCUAGUCUGGCAGCACCUUACCCAAUCACUGCUCACCUUUGAGAGGGUUCUUGUGUAUUGUUACAAAUCAAAUAAUCAUAAUGCUCAAUUUUCUGUAAUUUCAGAGCUGUAAUUUCUGUCAUUUCUAUUAAGCUUUUGACACCAUAACACUCAAGAUGCAGUCAAUAUGAUUUACAGCAAUCAAUAUGAUUUACAGCAAUCAAGAUUUGCAAUUGAUGUCAUCCUUCAUCAUGCAGUUCAAUUCUGGACUGGCCUCUUUUAGGGAAAUCAAAUCAGCAGCACAUGGUGAGGAGAACAUCUCUAACUGUUCUUUUAUAUAAUGUGUGAGAUUUUCACCGUCCACUCUGCACCCCCAGUAAGAUUCUCUUGAACUCUGAUAGAAGAGUUUUGGACUGAGCCUGUGUAUGAGGUGCUAAUCCAAACUAAAACCAUGUCAUGGGAUUUAUAGGGGCAAUCUGCAGUUCGAACAAUAACAAAGUAGGCACUCCACCACUGAUUUGGUAAACAGCUGAGGCAUGGGGCUGGAUAAAUGUAACCACUCCCAAAGUCACGGACAGAGCUAUGGAUAGAAGGACUGACCAUCCAUCAUAUCAAAAGUAUAGUUUUAUUCAUGAUUUGAGGCUGUACAGUGUUUGUUUACAUUGUUUGCAAACAUUGGGGUAAAACAAGUUUAUUUUAGGUUCUGAUUGAGUACGACAGUGGAGCUAAGCUCAUAAGUUAUAUUCUUCAAGAAUCAAUGGGUCUAUAUCAUUAAUUUAGAAGUCGAAAUAUUGAUGUUUUAACUGCAGAUUGUCCCUUUAAGUGCCCCUGUACUAUGUCUCUAGACGUCAGAUUGUUUUUAUGAGGGGAACGGGACAUAGAGGAGUGACGAAUGCCUGGCCUGGCCCAUAAUGCUGGCAUGUGGUCAAGUUCCUCUUUCAUAGACAUGGAUGACUCCCUAUGGGCCAGUGAGGGUAUAAAAACCACAGAACCAAGUCUUCUUACAGCCAGUGUUCAGGCAAACGCAUCACGGGACUAACUUUCACUGAACAGGAGAAGAUAUAAGGCCUUAGUGGGAGUUGGCUGUAAAAGCAAUCACGGACACAGAGUACCCAUGGCAUCGACACACUCUAACCUCUCAAUGGCCACCAACUCGUCAGCAGAUUUAAUGAUCAAUUCUUCCUCAUGUGAUUCCAUCUCCCCCUCUCUGCAUCAGAACAAGCUGAUCCCCACCAUCUACAGUGUCAUCUUUGUCCUUGGUUUCGUGGGCAAUAUCUUGGUGGUGUUUGUGUUAUGUCAGAAGUCCAACCGUAAAACAGUGGCCAACACUUACAUUGUAAACUUGGCCCUCUCAGAUCUGUUGUUCCUGAUCAGCCUGCCUUUCUGGGCAGUCUACUACUCCUUUGACUACAACUGGAUGUUUGGUGGGCUGAUGUGUAAGCUAUGUGGCUGCCUCCUCUCCCUGAACGUCUACGCCAGCAUCUACUUCAUCACCUGUAUGAGUGUGGACCGAUACAGAGCCAUUGUCUAUCCCCUCCAGUCUCAGUGCAGCAGGAACCUGUGUCGGGCACGAGUGGUCAGCGGUGUGAUCUGGACCAUCGCCGGCCUCAUGACCAUCCCCACCAUGGCCUUCCGAGACACCUACCACCUGAAGGAGCUGGGGGUCACGGCCUGCGUCCUCAUCUACCCACCUACCCAGCCCUACUGGUUCCCAGGCCUGGCCCUGACCAAGAACAUCCUGGCCUUCUUGGUGCCCUUCACAGUCAUCGCCAGCUGCUACUGCCGCAUCGGGAAGCACCUCCUGGGGGGACAGCCCAGCCUGGACAAGAGUUCCAGCAACCUGGACCGCGUAAUGAAGAUGGUGGUGGCUGUGGUGCUGGCCUUCUUCGUCUGCUGGUUCCCCUUCCACGUGCUGACCUUCCUGGAUGCCCUGAGCACCCUGGGGGUGAUGCACAGCUGUUGGGUGCGCCAGGCCAUCAUUACCCUGAUGCCCUUCACCCUCUGCCUGGGCUUCUCCAACAGCGCCAUCAACCCUUUCCUCUACUGCUUUGUGGGGAACCACUUCCGGGAGCAGCUGUGGCGGCUGUAUGAGGAGAAGGCUCCCAGGCUGUCCCAAAAGAGAGACUCCAUCAGCACCAGGCUCAGCUCCUUCUCCAGGAAGCUCAGCGACCUCAAGGACACAGGGCCACUGGAGACUCUGGACCAACACAGUAGGGGCCCCUAGUCUAGGGAGGUUACAUGGCAGGACUAUGAGAGGCCUGUCUUUCAGAUGUGUAACAGUUGACACCGGGGAUCCUGAAUAACCCCCCGUGCCUAGUCUCCAGGGGACGUUAACCCCCCUAUCUACUCCUAAUUAGGGACAACCUGCAGGCUGGACAGAGGGAAUAUAAACAUAGAUUUAAAUGUCAGUUUAACAUCCCAUGCCACCAAGCUCAUGUUAGGGGGAAGGGAUAUUAUAUCACCAAAUCUACAGUAUAUGUGCUGGGUAAACCUGUCAUGUUUUCUGAGAUACACAGGCCAGUGUGAUAAUAAGUGUGUGAAAUAUACAACUGCAGUGUAUGUGCCUUUGUACUAGUUACAAUAAUGUGGUAUGUGUAUGUUGUUUUUAUUGUAUAUAAGAAACAAAAAUAUGUCAAUGAACACAGAGCCUUCUAAACGGCAAGAAAAGGUCCAUGCAAACAUCUACUGUGAACUGUAUAAUUUGUGUCUCUUGAACCAUAAUUAACAUUGUAUUGUGUCAAAUGUACAACCAUUAUCAGGAUACGCUAUGAAUGAUAUGUUUUCCAGUCACUCUUCAUUUGAUAUAAAAUAACAAUGAAAGCCAGACAGUAAUGACGGUCUUCUUGGUGUGAAAACAAAACAUAUAUUCAGUUAAGGCCAUGAUCAAGUUGAACAUGGGAAAGCCAGGAGUUGAGUUUGCAUCACAUUGUAGCAAUAUGAAGAUGCAUUUGAUUGUUUGUCAUACAAUCACAACUUGCUGUUUUUUUUCUCCUGACAUUUCUGUUUGCAACAGUAAUGGAGGCAAGGACAUAGACUGAGUAACAAGCAUUGAUAUAGGCAGUUGUACUGCCACUCUGUGGCUGGGUUUGAUAACUGCAGGUGCAAAGGAAUUCUCCCGGAUUGAUAAUUGCGUAGUUUUUAUUUCAAAUUGUAGUUUUAGUUAUUAAAACCCUUACAGACCCAUCAUAUUAUCAUCUAAUAUGGUCUGAACAUUACAAUGAACAGAAUAGGGAAAAACAAAUCAAGGUGACGUACAUGUAAAUACAGGUACUGUACUUCAAUACUGAUUCCUGAUGGGUUUUCCUAAUGACCAGAGAGUACAGAUGUAGGAUCUUAAUUGGAUCACCGUGUUGCAUGAGAGUGUAUUGGACUUAUUUGAGGUUUAAGAAAGCUUCUGAAGUUUGUAAUUUCCACUUUGAAAUUUCAGAUUGAUUUUACCUUUCGAAAAAUGUGUCAACAACCCCUGCAAUCUUCUUUUCAUUAAUUAGAAUUCACAUUUCCUGUUGCUGCAGGAUUAUUUUCCUGCUGUAGCAAACUGGCUCAAAUUAAGAUCCUACAUCUGUAAGCCUAUGUGUGAUCUUUUCUUUCCUCUUAGGUUAUGAUAUGAUUUCCUGUUGAUGCUACCGUACUGUAAAUACUACCAUACCGA